AUGGAUAGACCAUGGUUUUGUACAGAGAUACCACUUUACGAGGAAUAUUAUGUGAAUGAUUCCAAACUCGGCUAUAACACAUCCUAUGAUGUGGUGCCACAUAUGCACAAGAAAGAUAUUGUGAAAUUGAAUAUUUUUUAUUCGAAAUUAUCUCCUGUGGAGGAUACCCUUGUUGCUCUCUACCUGGGAGUUGUUGGUGCAACUUCAAUCUUCCUGAAUUUGAUGGUGUUAUUUGUUUGCUUCAAGAAACGUAACACUUUGAAAGCUAUCGACUACUUCAUUGUGAACCUUGCAAUCUGCGAUCUGUUUCUGCCUCUCUUUGGUUUUCCUCUGGUAGUGACGUCAUCUUUACGACACGAGUGGCAGUUCGGUAUAUAUGGCUGUUACGUUUACGGGUUCCUUGGGUUCUUUUGUGGAACUGUCAGCAUAUCAACUUUAGCAAUGAUGAGUUUCGUUCGCUACAUGAGUGUUUGUGAAAUGCAGAAAAGCGUGCAUUUGACAAACCACACGUCUGUUCUGGUGUUUUUUACUUACAUAUAUGCGUGUAUUUGGUCUCUCCCUCCGUUUUUGGGAUGGGGAGAAUAUGGAGUUGAGCCCCAUGGGACUUCCUGCACAUUGAACUGGUCCGGAAGUCGCUCAUUCGUGACGGUUAUGCUAGUCAUGUGCAUCAUUAUGCCUGUCGUUAUAAUGACUAUUUGCUAUGGACGUGUGCUAUUAUUUUUAAAAAGAAGUUCAGAUAAUCUUCAAAAAUGGACCGCUCAUCGGCCUAAUAGAAAAAGUGCAAAUAGAAAGCUAGAAGGAAGCUUGAUAAAGCUUACGUUUACAAUGUGUGUUGCAUUUGUGAUGACGUGGACUCCAUAUGCGGUGUUCAGUCUUUGGACGGCUUACGGUAACAAAGAAGAGGUUCCCAUCAGAUUAACUCUUUCUUCUAUUCUCAUCGCAAAGCUGUCAACAAUCAUCAAUCCUACUAUUUAUUUUGUGCUGAAUAGAAAAUUCAGACCGUUCUUGAAACGUUAUCUAGCAAUGCCAUUCAAUGGUAUUAUUAAUUUGAUAGGAGACAAAAGCAGUUCUUCGGGGUAG